AGAAGAAAACAUGAUACAGUGAAGGUGAUAUCUGUUGGGGUGACGUGCUGAAGCUUUGCAAUCAUGUUUACUUUGGCUUUGUGCAGACCCACUGCUACCUGCAGGCUGCGUCACGGCUGGGACAGGUGCCAAGCCUGGAGUUGCAGAGGAUUCAGCACAACGGCAGGGCAAGGCCAACAGGUCAGCCUGCAGGAGAAGCAAGUGGGAGGAGACGUGGAAAUGCCUGUUGCAAGAAGAGAAGCUGAGACCCUCUUCCAAGAGCGGCCUGAGCCUGGGAACCAGUAUUUGGAAGAUGCUUUGCUUCGGAGUUACCUGGAGGCACACCUUCCUCCCAAGGUACUGGAGGAGGUGAGCCAGGAGCUGGAGGGGUUUGGAAACCGUCUGCUAACCAAGAUCAGACCUCUCGGAUGGGAAUGCGAGUUGAAUCCCCCUGUAUUUCGGCAGUACGAUGCCUGGGGGCAGCGGGUGGAUCACAUUGUCACCUGCUCAGCCUGGAAGAGGAUGAAGGAGAUUGCAGCAGAAGAGGGGCUGAUUGCUGAGGCCUAUGAGAGAAGAUACUCCAACUGGAGCCGAGUGUACCAGGCUGUCAAACUGUACUUGUUUUCAACCGCCUCUGGAGGUUUCAACUGUCCACUGGCCAUGACUGAUGGAGCAGCCAAAGUCAUUGAGUCACUGGGUACUCCUGCAUCUCUGAAAAAUGCUUUUGACCAUCUGACAUCCCGUGACCCCAGGAAGUUCUGGACCUCCGGCCAGUGGAUGACUGAGCGCCGGGGGGGCUCUGAUGUUGCUAAUGGCACAGAGACAGUGGCUAGAAAGCAGCCAGAUGGUACAUAUCGUCUCUAUGGUUUUAAAUGGUUUACAUCAGCUGCUGAUUCUGAUAUGGCAUUAACCCUAGCAAGGAUAGUGGAUGCUGAAGGACAUGUAAAACAGGGUUCCGGUGGGCUGUCCCUGUUCUUCCUGAGGGUUCGAGAUGAGGAGGAAAAGCUGAACAGUAUCCAAGUGCAAAGACUGAAAGAGAAGUUGGGCACACGGCAGAUGGCAACAGCAGAGCUGUGGCUAAAUGGAGCUAAAGCAGAGCUGAUCUCUGCAGAAGGUCGUGGAGUGGCCUCCAUCUCCAACAUGCUGAACAUAACUCGGAUCCACAAUGUCAUUGGUGCAGUAGCUUCCAUGAGAAGGAUGAUCAGUCUGAGCAGGGAGUACGCCCUUAAGCGCGUUGUCUUCGGGAAGCUCCUCAAAGACCAUCCCCUACACAUGCAGACAAUAGCCCGGAUGGAGGUGCAGACACGAGGGGCUUUUCUUCUGCUUAUGGAGAUGGUUCGGCUGCUUGGACUUGCAGAAACCAACAUGGCAAGCGAGCAGGACCAGCUUCUCUUGAGACUGCUUGUGCCAGUUGCCAAACUAUACACGGGGAAGCAGGCUACUGCCGUUGCUACUGAGGCAAUGGAGUCUUUUGGAGGACAAGGUUACAUGGAGGAUACAGGCUUGCCAGUCAUUGUUCGUGAUGCUCUGGUGCUGUCCAUAUGGGAAGGAACAACAAAUGUCCUAUCACUUGACGUCCUGAGGUCCCUCACCAAGAGUCAGGGGCAGGUGAUGGCCGUGUUCUUCUCCACAGUGCAGAACAAACUGGAGUUGGCUUCGAGCAGUGCAGAGCUGCAGCCCGCAGUGCAGUGGGUGCGGGACGCCGCCGGCCGCCUCACACGGUUCUGCCAAGGAGCUGCUGCAGAAGGGGCAGUGCCCAUGGAGCUGGCAGCAAGAGACUUCUCCUACUCCCUAGCCAGGAUCUAUGCAGGAGCUCUGCUAAUUGAGCACGCGGCUCGGCCUGGCUCCUCCUGCACUGAUGUCUGUGCUGCUCAGAGGUGGUGCAGGCAGGAACUCUGCCCCGUGGCUGCAGAGCUGGGGAACGGCAGCUACAGCGCCGAGGAGUCAUCCAUGGACAGCGCCCUCGUGUACGCCGGCAGCCCCGCGGGCAGCAGGCUGUGACUCACACAGAGCUGCUCUCUGGGGCUGCAUGCGCUCUGAUGGCGUUUUCUUGGUGGGGCCUCCCCAGGAGCUGCAGCCCUGGCUCACACUGCCCAGCUCAGAGCCUCCUCCCGGCACGUGGAUGAGACAAAGGCUUUCCGACCUCACCCCCCAUCGGCGGUCACUGCUCCGGUCAGGUCGGGCUUUUGUUCUUUCCUUCUCCCUUGUCCCAGAGCGGCUUUGCUGUGCUUGGGAUCACCCGGAGCAGAGGCUCUGCUGCGCUGCUCCUCGUUGGACGCCCCAUCUCUGCUCACUCAGCUGCACGGGCAGCAGAGAUGGGCGACAAAAACAGUCACCCAUUGCACAUCAAAGGCAGCACUGCUGCCCAAUGCUGCUCUGUAACAGCCCCGGGAGGGAAUCAUUUCAACCACAUCACUCAAAUUCCAUCAAUGCUGGACGUGUUGGUACCAAAAUUAAAGAGAAAUAACUUCUGACCUCCA